CCGUUUUCUACUGUCUACAUAUAUCGUCUUCUUUGGUCUGUCUUUAGAAUUACCAGAUUUCUGCCUCCAUUACUUUCUCCUGAAGGCAGCGAGAUCGUUGAGAAUGGCUACCCCGAUGGUAAUGGAUCCAACCCCAAUUCCAACUCUGAAGCCUUCAUCAGAGCUACCGGCGACUCGGUCCUUUACGUCCAUUAACGACUUUUCCUCAGACGGAGAUGACGAUCUCUACGCACGGCUGAAGUCCCUUCGGAGGCAGCUGGAAUUUAUAGAGAUUCAAGAGGAGUAUGUGAAGGACGAGAUGAAGAAUCUUAGGCGGGAACACUUGCGUGCACAGGAGGAGGUUAAGCGGAUCCAGUCUGUGCCCCUCGUGAUCGGGCAGUUUAUGGAGAUGAUUGAUCAGAAUAAUGCUAUUGUCGGUUCUACCACUGGGUCUAAUUAUUAUGUGCGGAUUCUCAGCACCAUCAAUCGGGAGCUUCUCAAACCGGCUGCUUCGGUGGCUUUGCACCGCCACUCGAAUGCCCUAGUUGACGUUCUUCCUCCUGAAGCGGACUCGAGUAUUUCUUUGCUCAGCCAAUCUGAAAAGCCGGAUGUCACCUACUCUGAUAUUGGAGGAUGUGACAUUCAAAAGCAGGAAAUCCGUGAGGCAGUGGAGUUACCUUUGACCCAUCAUGAGUUGUACAAACAGAUUGGUAUUGAUCCUCCUCGUGGUGUCUUACUAUAUGGCCCACCAGGGACUGGGAAAACUAUGCUUGCCAAGGCUGUUGCAAACCACACCACUGCAUCUUUCAUUAGGGUUGUGGGUUCUGAAUUUGUCCAGAAGUACCUAGGAGAGGGUCCUCGUAUGGUUCGUGAUGUUUUCCGGCUAGCGAAAGAGAAUGCCCCAGCAAUCAUAUUUAUUGAUGAAGUUGAUGCAAUUGCCACAGCUAGGUUUGAUGCCCAGACUGGAGCUGACCGAGAAGUUCAGCGUAUUCUCAUGGAGUUGUUGAAUCAGAUGGAUGGGUUUGACCAGACUGUCAAUGUGAAAGUCAUAAUGGCAACAAAUCGAGCAGACACAUUGGACCCUGCCCUUCUGCGUCCUGGAAGGCUUGAUCGUAAGAUUGAAUUUCCAUUGCCAGAUAGACGUCAGAAGAGGCUUGUGUUUCAGGUAUGUACUGCAAAGAUGAAUUUGAGUGAUGAGGUCGACUUGGAGGAUUAUGUUUCCCGACCUGAUAAGAUCAGUGCUGCUGAGAUAACUGCAAUUUGUCAAGAAGCAGGAAUGCAUGCAGUGCGCAAGAACCGGUAUGUUAUCCUCCCCAAGGACUUUGAGAAGGGUUACAGGACAAACGUCAAGAAGCCCGACACAGACUUUGAAUUCUACAAGUGAGAAGAUAGAUUCUGAAGCAAUGUCCUAAAAAUCCCCUCCUAGGUGCUAGGUUUCCAUUUGCCUUGUAUGGUCAAUCCCCAGCCCAGUUGCCCCGCAUGUGAUUUGCUAAAAGUAUUGAUGAAUAUUUGUCUGGAAUGCGAAACAUGCUAAAUCUGCUAUUUUUAGAUUGUUUAUGUUAUCCUGUCUCAUAUGGAAUCAAAGAUUAUAGAUUAUUUCAGUUGUUUGCUCUCGUGUACAUUGGUUCUCGCUUUCAAGGCACCCCCUCCCUCCC